AUGAUGGACACAGAAAGCCAAAGAAAUGGAAGAGGCCCAGAAAGCAGACGCGAUCGCCACCUCUUUGCACAGUGCUGGAAACUUCGCCCACGUAACCGGCACUACCUAGCCCGCUCAAGCACUGGAUAUCAGACAAAGCAGUGGCACUGCUUAAAUCUCGAAGGAAUACUCCAGCCCGCCCCGAACACAACAGGGUCCGACGAAUUAUCGGACGUCGAGUAA